GCCGCCGACUCCUGGCCGCCCGGGAAGGGCUGUGGCGGCGGCCGCGUGCGCCCAUCGGGCGGCAGGGCCGGGCUGGGCCGGGCUGGGCCUGGCUGGGCGGGAGCCGCGCCUCGGGGUCGCCUGGCUGGGACUGAAGCGGUGCGGUGGCUUCAAGGCUGGGGUGGAAAACUGGACUUUGCUAAGGAGAAAUAAGCCUGAAAGUUUCUUUUGUGGUAGUGAGGGCGGGGGAGAAAGCCGUUUUUUAUCUCCCAGAGCAGCAAUCUGAGGAGGACGUUGCCGUGUCUUAUCAGAAGAUUGGAGUAUCGUGAGAAAGUUCUUACUGUGCCUGUUUUUAAAUUUGAUUUUUUGAUCUACAUUGGGUACUGUGGUGUGCUGACAGUUUUUGCUUUCUGUUCAUAUGAGGAGCACACACAUUAUCUAUCUAAAUGGAAUUGUGAGUAGAUCAGUUCCAGACGUCUGUGCAACUUGUCACAUUCAUGCUACGUGUCAUCAAAUUGAAAGAAAAAGUGUCUGCAUCUGUAACUAUGGAUUUGUAGGCAAUGGAAGAACCCAUUGCCAAGAUAAAGACGAGUGCCAGAUUGGAGCCAGCAAGAUCUGUGGAAACCAUACACUGUGUCAUAAUACACACGGAAGUUUCUACUGUGUUUGCCUUGAUGGAUACAGAGCCUCCAACAACAACAAGACAUUUAUUCCCAAUGAUGGCACAAACUGUACAGAUAUAGAUGAGUGUGAGGAGUCUGGGCUGUGUGGUCGCCAUGCAAGAUGCGUGAACACUGAAGGAAGCUACAAGUGUUACUGCAAUGAUGGUUAUAAAUUAGAAAGUGGAGAGCACUCUUUUCAUCCGGAUGGGAAUAUAGUUUCAUGCAAAGAAAUGGGAUGUGGUUCCCCUCCUGAAAUGAAGCAUGGCUACAUUGUGGGGAACUACAGCAUGUUACCAGGAAGCGUGGUUCAUUAUGAAUGUGAAGAUGGGUUUUACAGCAAUGAAGGAAAGUUCUCAUAUUGCACUGCAAAUGAAACUUGGGAGCCUCCCACUUUGAGCUGUAAAGGUGUGGAUUGUGGGGUUCCACCUUCCAUUUUAAAUGCACGUCUGACAUCUCUAAGUGGGACCACAUAUGGAAGUGAAGUUACGUACAGUUGUGUUCAUGGUUACUUUAUUGCGAGUGGCAAUUGGACUGCAGUGUGUAAUGCCAAAGGACAGUGGAAUGGUACUGAUUUGGUGUGCAAAGAAAUAGACUGUGGCAAACCUGUGCCAAUUCCACACACAGAAAUUAUCUGGGACAACUCUACCACUCUAUGGAGCAGAGUGUACUAUCAGUGUGAAGAAGGAUAUUAUUUUAAUGGGGACAGGAAUUUUUCAGAAUGCACAAUAGAUCAGUCAUGGGAGAAUAUUACAUUUAUAUGCAAAGAAGAGGAAUUGUUCAGUAAUUUAUCUAUUUUUAAUGAAACAUGUGUGAAAUGGCAAAGGAAAACUGGAAGACUUGGAUUGCAAGAAACAUACACAUUUCAUGUACUGGGCCAAAGGUGGGAUGAGAAGACAUUCUCAGAAGAUGCGAUAUUUAACCUCACUACAAGUGAAGAUAAUCCAAAGGUGUGUUUAGAUCUCAACUCUGGCAGCAACUACGUGGUGAAUAUUACUACCAUCUCUUCCAGAAGCAUCACUGUCUCAGUUACAGUAGCAGUUCAAACAAAGGUUAAAGAAGCUUUCAAUAAUGUCUUCAUUUUUAAUGAUACCUGCUUGAAAUGGUGGAGAAAUGUCAGGGAAACUGAUGUGGAAGACAGAUACUCAUUUCAUGUGCAAGGCCAGCGUUGGUAUCAGAAGGAGUUCUUUCACGAAAUGACCUUCAACCUUACCACACACAAGCAGGCUCCAGAAGUUUGUUUUGAUUUGCAGCCAGGCACCAAUUACUCUGUUAAUAUUUCCAUGGUAGCUUUGAAUUUUUCACUACUCGUUUCCAUGACAACACAAAUCACAGAUCCCCCUUUCCCAGAUGUAGAAUAUGUCGCAGCAAAAGGUUCUGCACCCUUGCUCAGACUCCGGAAAGCAGAAGAUCGAAAUGGACCGAUCAGUGUUUAUCAAGUGAUUGUGCUUCCCUUGGAUUUGCAAAGCACUUUUAUUUGUGACUCUUUUGCUGCUGUGACUUUCUUCAGUAACACCACUAAUGUUAAAGGAUAUGUGGCAGCUGAAUUUCAGGCAAAGGAUGUUGCAGAUAACAUGUCAAUUACUCUUGGAGACAGACAUUACUAUGGGAAGUUUUAUAAUGCUCCUUUAAAGCUGGAAGAAGAGUAUUGUGUUUUUUUGAGAAUAAUAAGUGAGUGGAAUAAGGUGAGAACACAGUCCUGUGCUGUUUGGGCACAAAUUAAAAAUCUGUCACGCCCUCUGCGAUACAUGACUACUGUUGGAUUAGGGUCAGUUGCUGCUGUCUGCCUUAUACUGUUCCUUUCAUUCUCAGCAGCACGUUCUUAUCUCCACAGCGCAGUGCACUCCCCGCCUGCUGCUCUGCCCUGUGAGGCUGUGCGUUUAUCUGCUACGAUGGACAUGGCACAAACAGGGAUUACAUCAUCAUUCCUGGGGACUGAAAAUGUAUCCCUUCUCUGAUGUGUUAUCCUCUGAAGUCAGUGCAGAGAGAAUACGCUGUUCUUAACAAAGCCAGCAUCUGUUGGGCUAGGGAUAUAUCUACAUGGCACAUAUGUACUCUAGCAUUGGCGGUUGAAAUGUGUUUUGUACUGGAAGUGAGAUGUUUAUUGUCUCCCCUUGGUUCCAGAUGGCGUGGUGUGUAAAAGAGAGGUUUGUGACACCAGCAUGCAUCCUGUGUGUUGGCGACAGGCUUUCAGCUAUUCUAACCACUUGAAUGCCUGGUAAUGAGUGUCUGGAUUGUACUUUAUUUAAUUAAUAAUCCCCUGAUCCAGUUCAGACUGCCUGAGGAUCAACUGCUACUUCACAUACUUUAGGACAUGUAAAAUGGCCCAUUAUGAGAGAAAAUACAGAUAAAGUGAUAAAGUAUUUCCAGGUAUAAGGGUGGAAGACUCUUGUCAGUCACUUGUGGGUAGUGAGACUGCAAAAACAAGUAGCAGAAAUGUCGCCUGUGAAACUGUCACAUUUAAACAGUGUCAGCAACAAAUCUCUUCCUGAGAUACUGGAAUCAUUGCACACAGCAAUUAGCAAUAAUUGCAAAUAAUACACCAAUCUAUAAAACUGCAGUUUGCCAAAAAGCUUGAGUAGCUUUAAUGGCAUGUGAGACUAAUUUGUUAAAUAAAGACCUACCUGUGUCAAGUGCAGUUUUGUUAAUAUCUGUUCUAUAAUUACAGAUGAAUAAAGCCAUUAAAUCAUUGUCUGGUUAAUGAGCUGGUUUAUAACAUCUGAUUAGAGUCACUUAAUAAAGUACAAUUAACCAAUUUAAUAUGGCAUGCUCCCAGUUAAUAUUUUUUCCUUCUGUAAGAAAGAACCAAGUGCCUUUGAUUAUUUCCACUCCUGUUCAGAAGUUGCUUUGAGACAUAUUAGCAUAGUUGUUCUGUUAACUGGUGAAAUAAAGAAGCAAGACUUUUGGUUUUUACGGUA